AUGUUGGUGAUAGGCUCCUGGCCCAUCGCCCCCAACUCACGCUGCUGCGCGCCCAUCUGCUGUGCGCCCAUCUGCUGCGCGCCCAAAUGCUGCGAUGCGCCAAGCUGGUCGUCGAACUGCUGCGAGCGUGGCGCCUGCUGGUACUGGGCGCCCAAGUCAGCCUGCUGUUGGCGGCCCAAGCCCUGCUCAUCGCCGACCCUGUACUGGCGCUCCUCUCUCUGGCCCGCAUUCUUCCGCUCAUCCUUCUGGCCGUUGUUCUUGAACAUUUUUCCUGCAGCAGACAUCAUGAUACUUGCCUGGUGUUGGAACAAGAGCAGAGAGGGCAAUUGA